AUGAAGGCCGUCCUAUUUGGAGCCACGGGUCUUGUGGGGUCCGAGGUUCUUAAUGCCUGCAUCGCCACCGACAAAAUCACCAAAGUUUAUGUUGUGACUAGGCGGGCGCUAGAAGAUGGCCGUCAAAAAGACCCCAAGGUAGAGGUCAUUAUGCACUCUGACUUUGCGCAGUACCCCCUUGAGCUACUGGACAAACUUCGGGGCGUCGAGCUAUGUCUCUGGGCAAUCGGGGGCAUGUUGUCAAAAUUCAACAAUGACAAGAAGCUUGCGUACGCCGCCAAUGUGACCUUCCCAUGCGCAGCAGCUACCGCCUUUGCCUCGCACCUCGUCGGCGACGCGCCCUCGAGCAGGAUCCGCUUCGUCUUCUGCAGCGGCAAGUUUACCGAGCUGGACCCCCGCAAGCCCCUAUGGUUCCUGGCCGACUCGCGCCGCUUGAAGGGCGAGACGGAGGCUUUUCUGCAGAAGCUAGCCGGUCAGCAUCCGGGCACGUUUGAGGCGUACGCCGUACGCCCAGGCCUGGUCAUUCCGAGGAACCCACCGCUGACGAUCCGCCUCACAGCGGCGGUUUCGCCAGGCAUCACCGCGCAGCAAACUGGCGCUGUUAUGGUCAAGGUUGGGACGGAGGGAUGGAAGGGGGCGGUGCUGGAACAGGACGACAUGCUAGCCAUUCACUAG